AUGAAAGGGGUGCUAACUCAAUGGAGUAGAACUACUUAUGGUGAUAUCUUCAAGAAAUUGAUCAUUAGGGAGGAAAUAGUCAGAAUCAAGGAAGAUUUGUUUGAAGAAUUUCCUAGUUGUGGGAACAGAAGUGUGCUUCAACAAUCUCAAGCUGAACUCAAAAAGUACUCACAUUAUGAGGAGGAAUAUUGGAGACAAAAGUCUGGUAUUGAUUGGUUUGUGAAGGGUGACAGAAACACCAGAUUUUUUCAUAAUUUGGUGAAAGGUAGGAGGAAAAGGCUACAAAUUCAAAGGAUUCGAGAUCUUGAUGGAAACUGGUUAGACAAUGAAGAGGAAAUGGAAGAUGAAGCUGUAAAGUUCUAUCACAAACAGUUUACUCCAGAGGAUAUGGGACAUACAAAUGAGGAUAUUCUAUAUCAUAUUCCAUGCAUGUUGGAUCAGGAGAGUAAUGAAAUGUUAUGUAAGGUUCUUUCAGAUGAGAAAGUGAAAGCAGAUGUGUUCAACCUCAGUGGUUCUAGUGCCAGUAGGCCACAUGGUUUUUCAGGUUUAUUCCAUCAAGUUUGUUGGUGUAUUGUAGAAGUAGAUGUGAUCAGGAUGGUAAUUGCCUUUUUCCAAGGUGAUACUCUUCCAAAAGUUCUGCAUGACAGGUUAGAGAAGGUUCUUCCUACUCUUAUCUCCCCAAAUCAGGCUGGUUCUGUGAAGGGUAGGAGCAUAAUUGAAAAUGUAUUGCUCACGCAAGAAAUUGUCACAGAUACCAGGAAGAAGGGCAAACGGGGUGUCAAACAAGGUGAUCCUUUGUCGCCAGCCUUGUUUAUUUUGACAACAGAAGUGCUAUCAAGGGCAUUAAAUUCAAUGUUUGGCAACAGUUUGUAUGUAGGGUAUGCUUUGCCUAAAUGGAGUGCCAACAUUAAUCAUCUUGCAUAUGCAGAUGAUACCAUAAUAUUUGCAUCUGCAGAGAGGAAUUCCUUACAAAUGAUCAUGAACAUUCUCAGAGAUUAUGAAGCAAUAAUAUCUGGACAACUGAUUAAUACUGAAAAAAGUGCCUUUUAUAUAAAGAAGAAAAUAUACUACCAAGAUCUCAUCAAGAAGGUUAAGGAUAAAUUACAGAGUUGGAAGGGUAGAUUGCUGUCAUAUGGUGAUAAAGUUGUUUUGAUAGGAAGUGUUCUACAAGUUGUACCAGUGUAUGUUCUAUCUGCUAGUAACAAAGAAGAGGAUAGAAGCAGACAUUGGGUAUCAUGGAAGAAGAUUUGCAUGCCUAAAGCUGAGGGUGGUCUAGGAUUUAGGUCCUUGUUUGACAUUUCUAAAGCUUUUUUUGCUAAGCUAUGGUGGAGAUUUAGGACCUCAAACACCUUAUGGUCUACUUUUCUGUGGAAUAAAUAUUGUAAGAAGCUUAAACCAACAAGGGUACAAUGGAAGGUUGGUUCACAAGUAUGGAAAAAGAUGUUGGAAGUCAGGGAUCAAAUGGAUCACUUAAUUUGGUGGGAACCUAGAAAUGGAUCAUGUGAUGUUUGGGAAGAUAAUUGGACUAGAUUGGGUCCUCUCAGGGAUGCUUCAAGUACAGAUCAUAACAUAGAAGAGGUGGCUGAACUCAUGAACUCAGAAGGAUGUGAUUUCCAAAAAAUGAACGCAGUUUUACCAGAGCAGGUGGUGAAUCAUGUUAGAACUGAACUGAGUAUUAUGGGUGAGCAGUGCAUGGAACUUAAUGAGGCAACAGGAGCAAGAGUCAUUGAGCUAUCAAAGAAUAUGGAAUGCUGUCAAAAUUCACAGUCAGAGGAAACUUUGCAACAUCUCUUUUUGACUGGUAAAUGUGCAGCAGAAGUGUGGCAGUACUAUACUACAAUAGUAUUAUCGAUCCUCUAUUACAGUUACAUCAAGCAGUGGUAA